UUAAUUUAACUGACUCAGAUUUUGCUGUAAAUGCACUCACAUUUCGAAUCGUUUUGCAUAAAAACAGCAAUUUUAUAAUUAUAUUUGGAGAAAAUAUAAUUUAAGAUACAGACGAAUCAACAGGAUGACCAGUAUGCAGGCCCGGUAAUUUCUGGACACAAAUUUGAUAAGAAGCUCAUAUGCAUUAAUUACCCGGGUAAUGUAGUUAACGUUGAUAAAGCAAUCGAAACAUUAGGAGGCAUUAGUUCUAUUUCUAUGACUGCAGAUGCCUCUAAUAGAAGAUUAGAAUUAAGAUUCAGACCUGAUGAUGGAUAUAGCAAACCUACCUGUGGAGAUAGGCACAGCACAAUUGGUUUUUUACUUAGAGUUAGGAUGAAAAAAAAAAGAAUAAUAAAAGUAGAAAUGACGGAAGCUACAAAAUCAAAGUGCACAGAUACUGCUAAUAUUGAAAAUACUGCAGAGAAAAAUUGUACUGUAGAUAAUAUAAACAAGUUAGAUGGUACACAUGAAAAUGAAAAUUCUCCAAAAGAAAAAAGGAAUGUAUUGCCUACUUUUGACAAUAGUAGAUAUGAAAAUUUGUCCCAAGAAACAGAUUAUGAAUUGCCAUGUUUAAAAAUAUUAGGAAGAGUUGAAACUGAAUUUAAAUUUACCAAUUUAUGUGAUUUUCAAUAUGUACCAAUGACACAGAGCAAAUCAGAUCCAAAAAAAUUGGAGUGCAUCUAUAAUUUGAUUUAUCCGAUAGGUAUUCCACCUUAUUCUUGGUUGAAGAAUGACGUGCCCUACUUUUUGCCACCAGCCGCAUUCAGUAGAAUGGACACUGUGCAACAAUAUGUACCAAAAAUUGAGAUAGAUUCUAAUUUAGAGAAUAUAAUUGGUAAAAACAAGAAAUGUCAAGCAGGCUUUCCCAACUAUAUAUACUUUUCUACAGUAGGAGUGCCCACUGCAGCACCAAUAGGCAUUGAAACAGCCAUGAAAGUAAAGUUUCUUCAGAAUGCACAUUUAGAACAAGUGCGCCAACUUUUUGAGGAGCGUCCAAUUUGGUCCAAAAAUGCCAUUAUGUAUAAAACACAAUUUACAUCUGAACAGUUGAAAAUAUUAUUACCAGCAGUAGCGUAUCAUUUUACGACUGGACCAUGGAGAAUCAUGUGGGUAAAACUUGGUUACGAUCCAAGGGAAGAUAUUAAUGCGAGAAAGUAUCAGACAUUAGAUUAUAGAUUAAAAGCUAUGCAUGGAUUAGGUUCAACUGUCAGAUGCAAAAGAAAUUAUUCAAAUUAUACAUUACCAUACAAAUCUGCACCUGUUUCUAAACAAAAACCUGCUGUACUCACUGCUACUUUGAGUCAGAAACAAAAACCGAAGAAAGAACGUCAUUUACAUGAGAACGUGUAUAUAUACCGGGAAGGCAUGGUACCUCCUUCCCGGCAAAUGUUUUAUCAGUAUUGCGACGUUUUAAUAGAAGAAAUACAAGAAAUGUUGGCAAAGCUCCCUGAUCCUUUACCUGAUAUAAAAUGUCAUGAGAAGAGAGGAUGGUUGCCAUUUGGUUUUGAUGUACAAUGCAGAGAAAUUUUAAACAAACAAGUGCGUGCUGUUCUGAGAAAGAAGAUGAACAUUCCUGAGGACCAUCCAACAUCGCUUCCACGGAAACGGAAACAUGGCAUUAAAUUAAAGACUAAUAAAACGAUUAAUAAAAGAACGAAAAAAGGCAAAGCGAAUUCUACAGAAACUCAGGCAAAUGUUACGCCUACCUUGGAAUUGAAUGUGAUUAAUGAAAAUUUGUAGCUUGAAUUUAAGUAAUUAAAAUUAUGAAUAUACAAAAAGAUCUAACUACAUUUUUCUAUUAGAUAUCUCUUUGAAAAAUGUAUUGAAAUGUAAUAUUCUAAAUUAA